CAAUCCAUGUGGAAAAUUGUUGAAAAAAAUUUUUAUUUCAUGUUGUGGAUUUAUUCUAAACGAUGACAAAAUUAGUUCAAUAUUUGUGGAAAGAUUGAAAGUAUUUUUUAAAAACGAAAUCGUGGAUGAUGCUGCCAAGAUUGGGCCCAAGGAACCUCCUUCAAGGCAAGGUUGUUUAUAAUGCAGCCAUUGUCAUCCUGGUGCUUGGAUUUUUAGUAGAGUCUCAAGGAAGAAAUGUUUACGAAUCAAGAUUAAGUGAUAUUCAAUCUCAAGGACAGUUUGGUUAUUCGCGAUGGACAUUAUCACAAGAUAGAUCAGUUCCAGUGGAAAGAAGACGUGCUAGUGUUGAUAGAACAUUUGUAUUUACUGAUAAUGAUGACUCCAAAAAUCCUAAAGAAGUGGUUAGAAAUCGGAGAAUUGAAAAAAAAGAAAUAAAAAAUGCUCCAAGAAGUAAUUUGUUUUCUACUAGAUUAUCAGAAUAUCCUGGUAAUCAAGGAGCUCAAAGUAAAAUGAUUCAAGAAGAAUAUUCAGGCCUGGAACUAGAUGACUUACAAGAUUUUGAUCAUGAAACUGAGGAAGGAGAUGCUACUAAUGAAUUGGAAAAAUUUCUAGACGAAUUGAGAUUACGAGGAAUAACAGGAGAGUAUCAGGAUGAUGCUAAAAAUAACGGAAGUCGCGGCAGAAAAGGAAGAAGACGUAAAUUAAAUAGUCAUGAACAGGGAAUAUUGUUGGUUGAGACAUUAAAGAAGAAAAAAAAUUAUACCUUCGAAGAUCAUCGAGGACACACUGCUGUACAUCUUAAUAAUGGAAUAAUGGACAUGCUUGGCAGAAUGAUUCCCCAAACGUGCAAAUAUAAAGGAGCUAAAUUUGAAUGUGGGCUGAGUAUCAGCUGCGUUCUAGGGGGUGGAAGACCGGUAGAUUUGUGCUCUGGCGGCUUAAUCUGGAGUUGCUGUGUUGAUGAUGAUGAUAUUCCUGAAAAAGAGCCAGAAAGACCUACUGUUGGAUUAUUACAAAAUGCUACAUUUUCAUUGAACUUGGGCAACUCACGACCUUAUCUGGAAGAUGACAUAAAAAUCUAUGGAAGUGGAUUAGCAAGACCUCAGCGGCCAAAUAUACCACACCAUCAGCAUCACACGAUAAAUCAAGAUGAAGAAGCCAAUAACGGACUUUAUGAACCAACUUACUCAGCUUGGGAGCAAGAUCGUCCGAAUGAUUUAACUUAUGAUCGACCCAGCUACCUCAAUCAACCAGAGACCGGUUAUCCAAGUAAUUAUUAUCCUGAUGAGUACGAAACAAGCCGUCCGCCUAUUAUCGGAAGUGCUGGAGAUUAUCCGACUUAUGCACAGGAUCACUCCAAGUACCGUGGUUGCGGUGAACUCUACACUAGAAGUAAUAGAAUCGUGGGUGGACAUAGUUCGAGCUUCGGCAGUCAUCCAUGGCAGGCCGCGAUAAUAAAAUCCGGAUUUUUAUCCAAAAAACUUUCAUGUGGUGGAGCUCUAUUGAAUAAUAGAUGGGUUGUUACUGCUGCUCACUGCGUUGCAACGACACCAAAUAAUAAUCUCAAAGUAAGACUGGGUGAAUGGGAUGUAAGAGAUAAAAAUGAGAAACAUCUUCAUGAAGAAUUCAAUAUAGAGAGAAAAGAGGUUCAUCCUCAGUACUCACCAACAGACUUCCGAAACGAUGUAGCAUUGGUAAAACUUUCACGAACUGUUGCUUUCAAACAACACAUAGUUCCAGUUUGUUUGCCAGCCAGAAAUCUCAAAAUCUCUGGGCGAACAGCAACUGUUGCUGGAUGGGGCAGAACGAGACAUGGCCAAAGCUCUGCGCCUACAGUUCUUCAAGAGGUUGAUGUUGAAGUUAUUCCCAAUGAAAGGUGUCAGAGGUGGUUUAGGGCUGCUGGAAGAAGAGAAACAAUUCAUGAUGUCUUUCUCUGUGCUGGUUAUAAAGAAGGAGGUAGAGACUCUUGCCAAGGAGAUUCUGGGGGACCUCUCACGAUAUCUGUGGAAGGAAGACACGUUUUAAUAGGUUUAGUAUCUUGGGGAAUCGGUUGUGGUAGAGAACAUCUUCCGGGAGUUUAUACGAAUAUUCAAAAAUUCGUACCAUGGAUAGACAAAGUGAUGAGUUGAGAUUAAAAUUAAGAAAGCUAUAUUUGCUAUCGCCUGCCAAUUUACCAAAGUCUCACCUCGUUUUUCUGAUCAUUAGA